AUGGCGAUGUCAUCCCCGUUUUCUUCCCGCCCCUCUGCCAUCCCAUCCUCCCUUCGCAUACUAAAGUCCAACCCGGCCCUCGGCUGCUGUGCCGCAGCCCGACCCCCGAGCUCCGGCGCGUCUCUCGGAGCUAAGGCCGACCUCCUCGCCCUCAUCGCCGACCAAGAAAGAGGCCUCCGAACCCAGUCCGACCCGCGGAAGCGGGCGGAGAUCAUCGCCGCCGUCGAGGCUCUCGGCGCCCUGGGGAGGGGUCAGGUUACCACCGGCUCAUCCCUCUCCGGCACGUGGCGGAUGCUCUGGACCACCGAGAAGGAGCAGCUCUUCAUCAUCAAGAACGCCCCUCUCUUCGGAACCCGCACCGGCGACGUUCUCCAGGUCAUCGAUGUGGAGAAAAGGUCGCUGAACAAUGUGAUCACUUUCCCUCCUUCAGGGGUUUUCUUCGUGCGGUCCUCCAUCGAAGCUGCGCCGCCCCAAAGAGUCAACUUUAGAUUCACCAGUGCCGUUUUGAGAGGUAGCAAUUGGGAGAUCCCACUGCCCCCUUUUGGACAAGGAUGGUUUGAGUCCAUAUAUCUGGAUGAUGAUAUUCGAGUUGCAAAAGACAUACGAGGAGACUACUUGAUCGUUGAUCGUGCUUCUUAUUCUUGGAAGGAAUGA